AGCGUCAACGGAGAGUACUCUAACAAAAUGAUUGCAGAACUUGUAAUAUUCCUAAUUACAACCCUAUUGUUUUAUUAUUUAUAUGUUUAUAAGAAGAUACACUACUUCUUUAGACAGAAAGGUGUUAAAUUCCUGCCUGGAAUACCGUUAUUUGGGAAUAUGUAUUACAGUUUUAUUACGAAGAAACAUUUCAUUGAAGAUUUAGAUACUGUAUACAGAGCUUUUCCGGACGAGAAAUAUGUCGGUCUCGCAGAAGGUACCACCCCUAUAGUUUUGAUCCGCGAUCCAGACUUAAUAAAAGCGAUCACCGUAAAAGAUUUCGACCAUUUCAUAAAUCACAAGGAGUUCUUCGAUAAGGACCUUGAUCCGUUGUUCAGUGGGAGUCUAUUCGCGAUGAAAGAUGAUAGAUGGCGGGACAUGCGUGUUACACUGAGCCCAGCAUUCACUGGCUCUAAGAUGAGACUCAUGAUGUCUUUUAUGAGCGAAGUUAGUCACAACAUCGUUAAUUAUUUAAAAGAUAAUAAUUCUGAUGAGACCCACGUUGAUGAUCUGGUGCGUCGUUACACUCUCGAUGUCAUUGCAUCGGCAGGCUUCGGGCUCCAAGUGAACUCGGUCAAAGAAAAAGAGAAUGAAUUCUUUAAAAUGGGCAUCAAAUUAUUCUAUUUCAACUUCAAGCAGAAACUGGUAAUAUUUAUUACUUCACAGUGUCCUAAAUUGGGAAAGGCAUUAGGAAUGAAACUCUUCCCACAAGAAGUCAUGAAUUUCUUUAAAGGAACUAUUAAUAAUACCAUGAGUUAUAGAAAAAAGAACGACGUGGUGCGACCUGACAUGAUCCAGUUACUGCUAGAAGCUACAAAAGGUACUUUAAACAUUGGUAAUGCCGAAAAGGAUGACGUUGGUUUCGCAACUACACAGGAGGUUUUGAAACCGAAAACUGUUACAAGUGAAUGGACAGAAGAUGAAAUAAUCGGCCAGGUGUUCAUAUUCUUUGCUGCUGGGUUUGAGAGUUCUGCAGGAGCUAUCACUAUGUGUGUCCACGAGUUGGCCGUAAAUCCUGAGGUGCAGGAGAAAUUGUACCAGGAGAUCAAAGAGUUCCAGGAGACUAAUAAAACUUUAACUUAUGAGAAUGUGGGCCAGUUGAAAUAUUUGGACUGUGUUGUCAAUGAAACACUGAGGAAGUGGUCACCUGCUAUAUUUAUGGACAGAGUAUGUAGUAAAACAUACGAACUACCCCCACCUAGAGAGGGAGGAAAGCCUUACAGGUUGAAUCCUGGCGAUAUAGUCUACAAUAUGGUAAACGUUAUACAAAUGGAUCCAAAAUAUCACCCGAAACCGGAAGUGUUCGAUCCUGAUCGCUUCUCUGAUGAUAACAAGCAUAAUAUUCAACCUUUCACAUUCACUCCCUUUGGUAUGGGACCAAGAAAUUGCAUUGCUUCUAGGUUUGCACUGUUGGAAAUGAAAGUAUUUUUAUACGAUAUAGUACUGAACUACAAAAUCGUAAAAAGCCAGAGGACUUCGGACCCUAUUCGUCUACACAAUAAUGACUUCAACAUCAGAGCCUUAGGUGGCACUUACGUCAAAUUAAUAUCAAGAAAAUAGACUAAAUUUAUCUCCAAACGUUUCUAAUAUAAACAGAACGUUUUUAUACUAAUGUUUUGUAAUUAUUAUAAGUGCUUUUAUAUUUUUAUGUCAAUAUUUGAUGUUUAAAUAUUAAUAAUUAAUGUAAGAAUAAAAUUAUUGUUAAUUUUAUCAAUUAAAUGUACCAAUUAAAAA